AUGUUCGCCUCAAUUAAGCAGUCUGCUCUUUACCAGGAGAUGAGUCCCCGCUUAUUCUUCAUUGGAUCCUUUGUCUCAUUGGGAGCCAUGGGAUUUGGCUACGAUAAUGGUUGGUGGGGAGGUGCUCUGGAUCUUCAACCAUUUGGGGAGAAGUAUGGAAGCUGGGAUGCCGCUGAUAAUUCCUGGUCCAUUCCUUCUGUGAAACAAUCUGCAGGUACUGGUACUGGCUCUGCUGGCAUUAUUAUCGGCUGUCUUGUUGCACCUUGGCUGUGUCAAAACUUGGGCCGCAAACCAACAUUGUUGGCUAUGGCAAGUAUGCUGACUGCGGGCUGCCUGUUAGAAGCUACGGCAGUAAUCUCGUUCUGGCAGCUGGUUGUUGGUCGUAUUGUUGUCUAUUCGGGUAUCGGGUUGGCAUCUAACGUGGUGCCUAUGUACCAGUCGGAGUGUGCGCCUCCAAGAAUUCGCGGUGCUUUCCUGACCGCAUACUCUUUCUGGAAUACAUUUGGUGGCUUCUUAGCCAACCUUGUAGUAUUUCUAUGCCAGAACUUGACUACCAAAUGGGCCUACUUAGCUCCCGUCCUAUGCCAGCUUCUGGUUCCUUUCGGUAUCGUGCUAUCUUAUUCGUUUCUACCCGAGACUCCACGUUUCCUAGUCUACCGAGGUCGAUUCCAAGAGGCUGAGGCCGCUAUAAAAGCCCUGUACGGUCCAACUUAUAAUGCCCUGGAGGAAGUGCAACUUUUACAGCUUCAGGUUGAAGAACAAAGGGAGCUUCAUAAGGCUACAAGUGUGCUAGACUGUUUCAAAGGCACAAAUUUCCGACGAACUGUGAUUGCUGCUGGUACUCAGAUCCUGCAGCAGGCUCAAGGAAUCUCCUUCGUCAACAACUUCCUCGUGACAUUCAUGGAGCAACUAGGAUUUUCUGAUCCACUGAAAUACAAUGUCAUUCUCACAGCCUGUGGUAUUGUGGGAAAUUGCAUCUCCUUCUAUACAUUUGACAAGCUCGGCCGACGCAUGAUUAUGUUCUGGGGUGCCUUCGUCAUGGGUGCUAUGAUGAUUGGCGUUGGUGGUACUACCGCUAAUGGUUACAAUAUUUUAUCAACAAUGACGCAAAACGGCUGCAUUGCUAUGCUCAUUCUUUGGUACUUCUUCUACUGUCUAUCAUGGGGUCCUGGCGCAUGGAUUCUCAGUGGCGAGAUUGGAACUGGUCAACUGCGUGAGCGAACUCUACUUUUGGCCUCGCUGGGUAGCUUUGUCACGUCUGUGCCUAUCAACUUUGUCAAUCCAUAUGUUCAGGCUGAGAUUGGAGGUCGGACUGCGAUUAUUUACGGCAGCUUCUCUGUUGCCUCCAUGGCCUUCAUCUAUUUCCUCCUUCCUGAGACCAAGGAUCGAUCCUUGGAGGAGCUUGAUGAAAUGUUCCAGCAGAAAAUUUCUACUCGCAAGUUCAAGAGCUAUAUCUGCACUGGUCUUGGCGCUCAGAUCAGACAAGUGGAGAACAAGGAAGACGAAGCAGAGUUCAAGAGCAAGACCAAUGAGAUUGAGCAUGUGGAAGCUGCUUUUUGA